GACCUACAUUUCUUCGGCCUGGGGCGAAAACAAACGGUCUUGCGGUCGCUGGGCGGGCGCCGGUGUUCCGGAGCGCGUGAUGGGAGCGCUGGGGUGCAAAGCCACCUUGACCUGUGCACACGUGCACAACACUGCCCAUUUGAAGCCCCAGUCCCCUCCAGGCCGUUAUUCCAAACUGAAACGCCUCUGAAUAGUCUGAAGGAAGAUGACGGAUGAAAGGGAGCAGUGCUGCGAGGUGAACCAAAGUGGAAACAUGGGCGCAAAACAUGUAUAAUCUUCAUGCUUCAACUGUGUGUCCCUCAAUGUUCGAUUCUGACUGCCGCUUGCUAAGAUACACUGUAUCAAGAUGACUGAAGGAAUGGAUGAGAAGCCGUUUGCGGAGUGCUGGAGGAGAAUGGGGCUGCGAGACAGGCCCAAAUACAUCCAGGAGCUGCUGACAGACGGCAGGACACAGCUGGCAGACCACAGUGGCCAGCCUAAGCCAAGACCGGACUGGUUCGAUGAGGACCUCUACAAAAAGGGCCAGGAGUGCUUCCGCAGUAACUGCCUGACGCUCUUGAUGCUUCACCUGGUGGGUCUGCUGCAGAUUAUGAAUGUGCCGUCCAUCCUCAGUGUCCUCAUCGCCAGCGGGAAAUCAGACACCAGGGAAAAGGCCUUCCUCAGGUACCUGGAGACGGUGCGUAUGGUGAUCGGCUGGUACCGGGGUGACGUGUUCACUGCCGGACAGUGCGCCGCCAAACGGAUCGCUACUGUGGACGGCCGGCACGCGCGGCUGUUCAAGUACGCGGCCAGGGUGGGCGCUGGAGCUCCCACGCAGUAUGAUAUGGUGCUGACCCAGUGGGGGUUCUGCGGCUACGCGCUGAUCAGAGACGGUCCAGAGACGGGUCUGCUGCUGCGGCCCGGCUACAGGGAGGGGCUGGCCCACUUCUGGCGCUGUAUCGGCCACCGACUCGGCAUUCCCGACAGUCUGAAUAUGUGCGGACCCGAUCUGGCUGAGGCGCGUCGCCGCUCUGAGGCCAUCCUCCACUUCGUGAUGCGUCCCCUUCUGAUCGACCAGCCGGCCCACCCGCGCUUCGCCGCCAUGUCCAACGCCAUGCUGGAGGGCGUGAGUCUGAUCGUGCCACCGUGCGACAACCUGUCGUACCGCGCGCUGGCCUGGCGACUAGCGUUCCCUCGGCGCCACCGAGUUCCUGCCCGCCUCUGGUCCCGUAUCACCUACCAGGCCAUGAUGUGGCUGUUUGCCACCGCCUGGCUCGAUACCUGGUUUGGGGCUGCCGUCCGCGCACUCGGUAAUUUCCUGCUGUAUGUGGCGGUGCGUACCUGUGCGCACGCCCGCUUCGUUCCGUGGUCCUCCAACGCGCGUCGAAAGGUUAUUACCUUCCUCUGGCUGGGAGCUAAGGACCUGUGGUGCGGCUGCUGCGAGCUGAUCGGCGCGCCGUCCUGCGGCCGCUGGGGGAAGCAGUGGUUCCACCGGCGGCCGAUAGAUGACACUGUCGCCGUGUGGCGGGCCCGUGUGGUGGCUGAGCUCAGGGAGGAGGUACUCGCUGGAUAUUACGACGCUGCCCCGCGAGAGGAGGGCAGGGCUGCCGGCUAGGGGAGUGACCCCUGUCCCCCUGUACAGGCCAUGGGACGAACCAUGUCGGUAGCCUAACAGUGGUAUUAGGAAAAGACUACCGCGUCCCAACAGGGUCUGUUGGACGUGUUUCGGAAGCCUGGGUUGUAAAUAUUUACUGCCAGUAGUACGAAUAGCCUGGGAUGUUUUAGACUACUCAGAAUCCAUGGGCGUGGUUUAGCUGCUACCAGUUAAGUUCAGGACAAGUAUUAUUUAUAGUACGGUCAGGUGUAUCUAACAGUUUAGAGCUCAUUUUCGUGGUGUUUUUUACCUUAUUUAUUGAUUGUUGUAUUUCAUAUUUAUUUGUUUUUUUUUUCUCCAUGCCUAUAGUUUAAUUGCCAGUACUUUUAUGAUUGUAAUAGCUGGUCCAUAAAUGGACAUGGUGCGAGCGGCCUUUGGCGCCUCGCAAAGACCCGAUCAGUUGUGAUCUUUUUGUUGUGACAACGUUGUAGCACUGCACGCUCUAUCUGAUCAAAUAAUCCCCACUCAUAGACCUGCACUCUCCGGGCUAGUUAUUAAUAGUUUCGUCGCCUGCAGCCGGUUUUCCGCCACGAACCGUGUUUGUUUGGCGGGUUUCCCUAUAUCUUUGGGCGGCAUCGGACGGGUCAAAGCUCUGGCCAUAGGCUCAGGCGACAGGGCGCGUUCAGAUAGGAUCGUGUAUACAGUCCCAGGAGAGCAGAUGGCGCGGGGACUGGCGGGUGCAGGCGAGCUUGAUACCACGCUCCGGGUUGUAGUGUAAGAGGAGGUGAUCAGAGAAGCGGGAGCCCUUGUUGAUCGUGUUUUGGGGAUCGGAAGCCGUGAUCAGCUAGCGUUGAACAGAAUAGGAGUGUGUUUUUUAGACUCGUGUGAAAACUGGUGUUGUUAUGUAUAAGGUAUCCCAGGGAUGUGGCCUUUAGUUGAAACCAUAAUACUCAUGAUGUUACUAUUUAUUGUUUACUUUUUAUUUCUAGAUGAUUGACAUACUCAUUACUCAUUGAUCAUUGCCGGUGAUGGCUCGGUGGCGUUGUUGAAUAUAUUUCUACUUUUGUAUCGUG